AUGUCGAUAGAAGAUGCUACCAAAGAAAAAACGUUGCAUGCAACGAGUGAUUCUAAUGUAACUGAUGAAAAUCAGAGUAAAGAAUGUGAUUCAGAUUAUGAUGAUGAUGAUGAUGAAAUCUUGCAAAAUGAUUCAACGAACAUUUCACCAACAUUAGCGAAACGUCGUGUAAGUUUUUUCACCAAGCAAAAUAAGACUAUAAAUGGUAAGCCACAUACUACAACAUCACCAUCAACGCCAGCGUCACCAGGAACAAAAAUGCGUCGACGACGGCUACGUACAACUAGUCGCUCAGGCGAUGAUCGAAUAUCAUUUCGUGGACAAAAGCCGAUUUAUACAGCAGGUACAUAUGAUCAUAAACAAAUGUUAUUUCUAUUUUCAUUUUGUCAAAUAGGUCGACCCGCUUGGUACAAUGCAACAGGUGAAAUCAAAGAAGCCUUUAUGAUUGGCAUUUGUGGAGGUAGUGCUAGCGGUAAAACGACAGUUGCACAAAAUAUUGUGGAAAAAUUAAACGUACCAUGGGUUACGUUGUUAUGCAUGGAUUCCUUUUACAAAGUACUUGACGAUGAACAACAUGAACUUGCCAAUGAAAACAAUUAUAAUUUUGAUCAUCCCGAUGCAUUUGAUUUUGAUCUUUUACUUGAAACACUUAGAAAUCUCAAAAUGGGUAGACAAGUGGAAAUUCCACUCUACAAUUUCACUACUCAUUCUCGUGAAUCUCAUACGAAAAUACUUUAUGGUGCUAAUGUAGUCAUUUUCGAAGGCAUUUUGUCAUUUGCUAGUAAAGAAAUCCUUGAAAUUCUUGAUAUGAAAAUCUUCGUCGAUACGGAUGCAGAUAUUCGUUUAGCACGUCGAUUAGAACGUGAUAUAUCCGAGCGUGGUCGAGAGAUCGAUGGUGUCAUACAGCAAUAUACACGUUUUGUGAAACCAUCGUACGAUCAUUAUAUUGCUCCAACGAUGAUCUAUGCAGAUUUAAUCGUUCCAAGAGGUGGUGAAAACAAAAUCGCCAUCGAUUUAAUUGUCCGUCAUGUAAAUCGUGAGCUUCAUAACCGUGGCGUCAAAGUAAGAAAUGAACUUGUCAAUAAUCUGGGACUUAUGCGCGAUUUACGUAUGCCCGAUACAUUCUAUCUUGUUGAACAAACGGCGCAAAUUAAGUAUCUUCACACGAUCAUUAGAAAUAAACAAACAUUUCGUGAUGAAUUCAUUUUCUAUUCCAAACGUCUGAUGCGUGUUUUAAUUGAAUACGCACUUUCAUUAUUACCUUUUGAAGAUGUCACUGUGGAAACGCCCCAAAGUCUGUCAUAUAAAGGAAAGAAACAUGUGUACGCAGAUGUUUGCGGUGUGUCAAUUGUACGAGCCGGUGAAUGUUUAGAACCAGCAUUAAGUGAAGUAUGUAAAGAUGCAAAAAUUGGCAAAAUUUUAAUUCAAACGAAUCCGUCUAAUGGUGAACCAGAGCUUCAUUUCCUUCGAUUACCUCGAGACAUUGCUAAUGCUUAUGUAUUUAUUCUUGAUGCUACUAUCGCUACUGGAGCAGCUGCGCUUAUGGCCAUUCGAGUUUUAUUGGAUCACAACGUCCCAGAAGAUAGAAUUGCUUUACUUUCUCUGUUGGUAUCUAAACAAGGUGUUCAAACUGUUGCUUAUGCAUUUCCGAAAGUCAAGAUAGUUACCACGGCAUGUGAUACACAACUUGAUCCAGACACAGGUUUUAUCUGUCCAGGUUUAGGAAAUUUCGGUGAUCGAUACUUUGGUACGGAUCCUAUUGGAUCUGAUACUGAAGAUUCCACGUAUGGUCAAGGCGGAAAUAUGAAUUCCACAGUCGAUUUACUGAAUUCACCGCAAAUACUAUCGAAAAUCAACCAUUUUCGUCAAGAUUCAUCGCCGCCAGCAAUAUCGCGAUCGCUCGAUCAAGAAGACGUCUUCGCUGCGAACUAA